GUGGCCAACCCCAACCCCAGGCUUCGAAGGAAAAUCAUCUGCGAGCUACCCACUCUCUAUUCCAACGUCGAUCUUUGCUGCCCCUUUAUCUCCCUGUCCCCCUGCCUCUCUCCUGCCUGUGAUCGGGCUGCCGGCCGCCCGGCGCUGGAUUGAGGCGGACGAGCGGAUCGUUGCCGCCGACUCGGCUGCUCUGGGCUGGGCUGCCCGGGUCAUGUGAUCGCGCAACAUGGCGGCCUCGGAGUGACCGGCUGCAGGUGAGGCGGCACCGGGAGCUUGUGUACACAAUAUUGGGCAUCAAGUUUUUUUAUCGGCAGGAUGAAUACAGAAAAGGACUUUGCACCACUUACCUCCAACAUCGUGCGAGCUCUCAAUGACAAGCUGUAUGAGAAAAGGAAGGUGGCUGCCUUGGAGAUAGAGAAGUUGGUGCGAGAAUUUGUUGCACAGAAUAACAUUGGGCAGAUAAAACAUGUAAUCCAGAUCCUGUCGCAAGAGUUUGCACUGUCACAACAUCCUCACAGCCGCAAGGGUGGGCUGAUUGGUCUUGCCGCCUGCUCCAUCGCUCUUGGCAAGGAUUCCGGUUUGUAUCUGAAGGAAUUGAUUGAACCUGUUUUGACAUGUUUCAAUGAUGCUGAUAGCCGAUUGCGUUACUACGCCUGCGAAGCUCUGUACAACAUCGUGAAGGUGGCCAGGGGCUCCGUUCUUCCGCACUUCAAUGUCCUGUUCAAUGGACUUAGCAAGUUGGCAGCUGAUCCAGAUCCAAAUGUUAAAAGCGGCUCUGAGUUACUGGACCGGUUAUUAAAGGACAUUGUGACGGAAAGUUCCAAGUUUGAUCUUGUGGCUUUUGUCCCUCUCUUGAGAGAGCGAAUUUAUUCCAACAAUCAGUAUGCCAGGCAAUUCAUAAUCUCCUGGAUCCUUGUAUUGGAAUGUGUUCCCGAUAUCAACUUGCUAGACUACUUGCCAGAAAUCUUGGAUGGGCUCUUUCAGAUCCUUGGAGAUAACAGUAAAGAGAUCCGCAAAAUGUGUGAGACAGUCCUCAUUGAGUUUCUGAAAGAGAUCAAGAAAAAACCCUCGAGUGUCAAGUUUGCGGAAAUGGCCAACAUCUUGGUCAUCCAUUGCCAGGCGUCUGAUGAUUUGAUUCAGCUGACUGCAAUGACGUGGAUGAGGGAGUUCAUUCAGUUAGCUGGCCGUGUGAUGCUGCCCUAUUCUUCAGGAAUUUUGACUGCCGUUCUGCCAUGCCUCUCCUAUGAUGAUAGGAAGAAGAGUAUUAAGGAGGUGGUAAACGUGUGUAACCAGACCCUGAUGAAGCUGAUCCUGCCCGAGGACGAUGGUGAUCAUGUCCGCCAGACAACGCUUCCGCACCAGGACGGCAUCACCUACGAGUCUAGCUCGGGUUACAAGAACUCUUCCGACUUGUCGGACACGUCACUGGACUUAUCCACGAGCAACAACAAUGGGGCAUGUGUCACGAUCGAAUGUCCUCUAGAGACCCUUGACUUGGAUGGGAUCGUGCUUGUGCUGGAUCGCCACCUUCACGAUACAGUUACAGGAAUGAUGACACGAAUUGCUAUCUUGAAGUGGUUGUAUCACCUUUAUAUCAAAACUCCUAGGAAGAUGUUUUGGCACACAGACAGCCUGUUUCCCAUGUUGCUGAAGACCCUUUCUGAUGAGUCGGAUGAGGUGAUCUUGAAAGACCUGGAGGUACUGGCAGAAAUCGCCUCAUCUCCAGCAGGUCAGACAGAAGGGCACGAUUCAAGUGAAAUCAUCAGCAUCCAAAUUAAACAAAAUGAGCUGCACAUUCCUAUUUCUUCCUCCACACCAAUGAUCUCUUCCAGGACUCGCACAUUUGAGUGUUCCCCCUCAACUCCCACCAUGAACUCUUAUUUUUUCAAGUUCAUGAUAAACUUACUGAAGCAGUUCAACAAUGAGAAAAGUCUACUGGAGAUUCGAGGGCCUUUUAUCAUCCGACAGCUGUGUCUCCUGUUAAAUGCCGAGAACAUCUUCCAUUCCAUGGCUGAAAUCCUACUUUGGGAAGAAGACCUGAAAUUUGCUUCAACUAUGGUCCAAACGCUGAACUCCAUUCUCUUAACAUCAACUGAACUCUUCCAGCUUCGAAACCAGCUGAAGGACCUGCGAACAACGGAAAGCUGCAAUCUGUUCUGCAGUUUGUAUCGUUCCUGGUGUCACAAUCCUGUCGCCACAGUCUCCCUCUGCUUCCUCACACAGAACUACAAGCACGCCUACGAUCUCAUCCAGAAAUUUGGAGACCUUGAGGUGACAAUAGAUUUCCUGACUGAAGUGGACAAGCUGGUACAACUGAUUGAGUGUCCAAUCUUCACAUAUCUGAGGCUGCAGCUCCUUGACGUUGAGAACAAUCCCUAUCUGAUCAAAGCCCUGUAUGGACUUCUCAUGCUCCUGCCCCAGAGCAAGGCUUUCCAGCUCCUCUCUCAGCGGCUGCAGUGUGUGCCUAACCCGGAGCUGAUGCAGAACACGCCGAGUGAGAAGACCACGACGUCGAACAGGCAAGUCCCGUCAGAGAUCAACUAUAACGAACUGCUGCAACACUUUGAGAAAGUGCAGAAGAAACACCUGGAAAUCAGGCACCAGCGGGCAGGCCGCAACAAUCUGUGACGCUUGGCACCAACCAAGAGACUCUGCGCACAUGACUGGAGGAUUCCCACGUUUGGGACUUGCUAAGACUGUGGAGUCAGUUUUGUCGGGAUGCUCGGGUACCAUUAGAAUGUAUUGUCCUUCAACCCCACAGAUAUUCACUGUGCGUAGGCUGGCCGAUAUUCCUCUCUUAAUUUAUGGUUCAGUGAGAAUUUGCAUCAUUUGUGAAUUUGAGAUCAUUGCAUCCUCAGUGCUAUCCUGCGAUAAAUUCCUCACACUUUCGCUGCAUAUCCAGCCUAUGGGCCUUGUACAAUAUUUCUUUUCAGUCCAGAGGCAAUAUUUACUUUAUUAUUAAUCAUUAAUCUGCACAUUACCUGUCCUCCACUUUUCUUUCACAUUUGAAAUCAAUAUUCUCAUCUAAAACUGUUCCCCAUGUCAUAAUAUCAAUUGAAAAUAUCUGGCAGGACAUUGGAAUUUUAUAAAUUUAAUUCAAUGUGUAAACUCUGUCUCUUAUCACACUGCCACGAACUGCACUUACAAAGCCGAGCCAACAGCAAAUUGAGCAGUGGAUUUGUACUCAAGCUCUUGACUGGUUUGGACAACACAAAAUUGAUUUGCAACUUGAAAAGAGGAGAUAGACACAAAAUGCUAGACUCUUCCCAGAUAAAGGCUGAGAAGGAACACAUUGAAAGUAAUAGCCCACCACACAGCCUCACCUAGAGGUACUUAAUUCAGAAAGCGCUAAGGACUCUGCUCAAGGUUAAGCAUGAGAUGACACUGGUGUGUUCAAAGUUGAAAACAAAAUAAAUUAGAUCCACCUAAUUAAAUGGAAAGGUAUGAUAGAUGUCCUCAUUAUGGCUGAUAAUGGUCAACAUUUACUCACCAGUGUCCUAUGUCUGUCACAUAAACAUGAAGUAUUUGCGAAUCGGGAAUCAGGUCUGUGAAUUGCUGGUUUAGUACACAUGUGGUGAUUUUUCAAGUUCAUUUGCAGACCAAUUGGAAGGACUUUUUCCAAAGUUAUUCCCCAAACACAUGUUUGAAUAAUUAAAAAAGCACUGGAUCCUAAAAUAUUCAGAGUGCACUCUAAUAAUAUUAUGCUAAUGUAAUAUCUUCCCAGAAUGGAGCUAGGGAUGGGCAACUCAUCUACUCAUCACCAUUAAAGCUUCCACCAACUUCAAUCCCAUUUAUCCACAGGACUGUGGAAUGCAAUGUAGCUGCAUCAAGCUCUCUAUCCUAAAUGACCAGCACACACUGAUAGUGGUUUGGGAGGGGAAGAGUGUUAGUGGGGCAUGGGCAAACAAUGUUGAAUAUUGAAGUCCUUGCACUGUUUUAUAAAUUGUGUGUACUCUACUGCUAAUCAAUUACUGAGACUGGCUUGUGGCAAUCUGGUGUAAUUGGAGGAUGUGCGCACCUGUCAGUAUCUGGAUUAUAUACUCACAAACAAAAAUGGAUUUUGUCCUUGAUUAUAGUAUUUUUUUGUAGCAGAGUAAAUAUCAAAACCACUAAACUAGGAAGUGAAGCAGGGUAGGGUGGUGUUUUAAUUUACUCAGAAGACAACACAAAGUUUCUGAAGUCACAGCCCAAAGCACAACACUGGGUGAAAGAUUGAAAUGCAUUUGCCCGGCUUUGCAGGAAUGUUUCUCCAACAGAAUGCAGUGAGUACAAGAUAGUUAAACAACGCAUUGCAUAAAAUCAGUUUUAACAAGCUUGAGAUUUGUCCAGUCAAAUUGAAUCUGACAAUGAUUUAGGAGAUCUUUACAUGAUACCUUUCUAAAAAUGUAUCACAGGGAACGUGACUGUAUCGUCUUAAAGGCCAGAUUGAUUUUUACCCUAGCUGCGUACUUCUAUUGGCUCCCACUCUGUUACUAGAAUAUUUAAAAUGCAAAAAUGAUAUAUUUAAAAGCAAAUUUGUUUUGUUUCAGGGAUACUGAUAUUAAGACUUCAUUUCAAACUGCUAUUUUUAAUUGCCACCUUAACAAUAAAUUUCACCAGAGACAAGAAACAGUUAAAAAUCAAACACUUCCUGCAAAAUUGAAGCCCUCAGUGGCUUGUGUCCACAACUAUCUGCCACUGGAGGUGAGAUCCUCCUAUCAACAGCAUGGUUCAUGCAGUUGAUAUAUGCUGUAUUCCAGCUGUUAUUUGUUUAAAAGCUGGAUGAUUGUGGGCUAUUAGAAGUGAUAGGGUUCACUAUAAUUACUUGUCCUGGCAUUGUUAUCUUUCUGCCAAAUCUUCACCCCCCCCCCCCACCACCACCAAAUCGUCCAACUACCCUGUCCUCACCCCAUGUAAAAUCAUGACAUUAGUACUAAAAGGAUAAGGUUUGCCAAGCGGAUAUUAAGUAAUUUCAUCCGUGUCCAGGGACCACUCAGUUCAUGCUGUUGGACAGGAUCUUCCAUCCUUUUGCUACCACAAAUGGAAAUAUUUUAAGUAUACCUAUCAUGAUUUUAAAGCUAUUCACUGCCCCAUUUUAGAAUUGGGGAUACAUCCAGUACUGGAACAAAAUAGAAGUGCAUCACUGAUUUAAUUCACUUUAUCGAUGUCCAGAGAUUACAAUGGAAACUGCACUUAAGACACUUUAAGGUUUAGUGACCCUGAAUAAAUCUAAAAUCUCACUGCCCCCAAUUGUUUGGCAAACAUUGCGCCCAGUAUUAUUUCACCUCCAAUGUUGAUCACUGACGUUUUGUCACUGGUGCUGCUCAUCUGUAUGUUUGACAGGGCCUCAGCUGACAUAAAGUGACCUGUGUUUCGUGCAGAGGCAGGAUCUCACUACUUUGUGCUGGGCUUUGUUACCCAUGACCAGCCUCUGUCUCCUCACCAUUCUCUGGUCAACUGUUCUGAUUUCCAUUUUCUUUUAUCUGGGGUCCAACACGGAUCACAUUCCCAGUUGCUUCUGAGUGUGCUUGUAUGAUAUUUAACUAGGUGUAGCUUAUUCCACUGUGCAGGUCAGAGGGGUGGUCAGCCGUAUGCAUUUGCACCAGGUUCUGAAGUGUGAUUUCUCACUCCACUCCACCUGCUCCCAGUUGAGUAGAUGCACCACAGACCUUCGAGUGCUCCAUGUUCCUUAUGAGAGCGAUAAACCAUUUAUGUAACGUUCACUGUAUAGCAACGUCCCCUCCCAAAAAACCACCAGACUGAUAUGAACCCAGGUCUCUAUAGCAGCCAGGGUGCUGAAUGAGAGGUGAGUGUACUUGAAUCAUUGGAAGGGAUCCGAUUACAUGCAAGGCAAAUGGUUUGUAGGGGCAACGUCCUGCGAAUCUGCCAUUCUCAGUGGUCUUUUUCUUGAAAAGUAGUGAUGUGGGUGGCGGAGAGGUAGUUAAUGAUCAGGGGUUUGGGGAAUGAGCUAGGUAGAGCAGAGGUUUGCACUGCAUUCAGGAGCUGUGACUGAAUGCCAGGUUGAUACACCAUUUGCUAGCUAUAGCAAAUCACUUGCCUUAAUUGCACUGAAGGUGGAUUGCAAAUUUGUGGUAAAUCUCUUUAACGCGCAAAGACUAAGAACUAAUCAUGGCCUCAGAUUGUAAAUAAAGGCAGCAUGUCCCGUGAAUCAACAUUGUUAAUCUUGUUUACAAAGAGACUUGUCCUUUGAAUUUAAAAUUUAAAUAAACUUGAGUUGUACAUGAUGUGUAAAAGAAAAA